AUGUCGUCGACGAGGUGUCUCUACCUCUUGGCCCUUGUGGCUUUAUUCGCCGUCGCCAUGCAGCUCCCCACGCGCCUUGUUGAGCUGAUGGCGGCGGCCGGUGACGUUCUCUUCUCCCUCUGCGUUGUCGUGCUAAUUUUCUUCAUGUCUCUACCUCUCUGGAGCCGCCCCCCUCCAGUGCUAUUAACGGUUGCAAGCUCCUCCAUGUUUUGGACGGUGGGUAUCCUGUUUGCUGUCAUUGACUCCAGGUUCCGUAACGUAGGGUAUCUCGCCAGUUUUGUCGACCUCCACAGAAAUGAGGGGCUUCGGUCAAGACUUGAAGCAGAGUUUAUCAAGCUACGGAACGAGUUCAAGAAGCAGCAAUUGGUUCUCGCCUCUCUGAGCCACGACAUCGCCGCGGUCUGCAAGGAGCACAACAACCACUGUCGCGAAUUCCCGACAGUGUUUUCAAGAGUGUUUCGACCCGGCAUGACGGCGGUAUCUUUCCAGGACGCGGAAUGGGCUGAACCAUACCUUGUCAUCAAGUUGUACUACCACGCCACGGAUCUGAAAGCCGUUUUUCUGUCGUGCAAGGUCGAGGAGCUUCGCUCCGCUGUCCUCAUCAACGAUGACCGCAUUCGACAGCAGUCGGCGGCAUUGGGGGAGGUGCAGCAAGCGGCUCUCGACAUUGUUAAGCGGAUAAACAAGCACAGGGUUAAACUUCACCUCGAGGAUGUGGAGGCAAUUCGGCAGCUCAAGGAUAUGAAGAGGAACGAGACCCGCCGUCUCGACGCCGCCAAUUUGAGACCCACCUGGAUCGAGGAACGCAUCAUGAACCGGUGGCGCGACAAUCUUUCGGUGUCGGAGGACUUUACUCGCCAAACCGUCUGUCAAACCGUCUACCAACCGGUGUUCGAACUUCCACCACAGGCCGCCGCUCGCCAGGCUCUAGAAGUCGAGAACACCCCGGCCGUCUAUCUCCCGGUAGCGGUCACGGUUCCCGCUCCAGGAACCGGUUUCGAGAUCUUGUUCGGGUGUCCUCAGGAGGCUCUGGUCCCAGUUUCCACGCCGGCCCCUGAGACAGAUAUGGUUGGCGUCGAUACUGUUAUGCCGGAUGCGCCCGACUUGAUCGAGGAACCGGAAGAUUUCUCGAUGAUGGACGUUGAUGAGACGGUGGAGGUUGCGAUGGAUAUUGACAUGGCUAACGCGCCCUACGAGCCGCUCCCUUGCCAGGGCUCGCUCACUCUGCCUGCCCCGCCUCUUUUAUCCACCCCUGUGUCGGUCGCUUUCGAAGACACAGCCAUGGAGGUCGAGCGGAGCAGAGAUAUUGAGGUGUUGAUGCCUGUCAUCGUCCAUCAAUCGCCCAGCCCUCUCGCCAGUCCAUUUUCAUCGAUCCCACCUGCUGCUGCUGCCGCACCCGCGAAGGUCAACGCCCAAGUCCAGCCCGCAGACUCUAGUUCGCGCCCGUCCGACCCGUCUCUUCUACAUAUCAACCCCUGUCUAUUUGACGCCACGGUAGAACAGCUCGCGUCCAUACCAAAACCCGAAGUCCCGCUCGCCCCUUCGCAGCCGCCGCAGCAGCAGGUUGGUUUUCCGGUCUGCACUCUAGUUGAAGCCUCGGUUUCGACUCCAGUCACCGUCAGCCUCCCAGCCCCGGAGACCAUCAGCUUCGCCUUCGAAGCUCCUGGACCCUGCAAGACUCGCCGAACCGCAAAGCCCAGGCCCAGACCCAGGCGGAUCCAGGCUCAGGCACCAGCUGCGGCUCCGGCCAAUGCUCCGGCCCCUGAUCCGCCCCAGGUAGCACAGCUCCCGGUCGCUCCCGCUCCGAUCAUCGCUCCCCAAUCCUCGUCAUCGGCGAGUGACAAGGGGAAGGGCAACGCCUCCUCGACCUCCGCCGAGGCCAAGCCUACCCACGAGUUCGACUCUGGUAUGCUGCCUGGCGAGAUUGUCCGCAGUCUCUGUGAGGAUUGGAUUGUGGCCUGCGCGUCUUUCAUGGAAGCUUCUGCCUCGUGUGGGAAUCUCUCGCCUCGGUGGAUUCGUACAUGGAAGCAAAGCACCCUAAUCAGCCUCGGCCAGGAGUUGCCGGCAGACGUCGACGAGGCGGAGAUCGAUCAGGACAGUGCCACGUCCUUGGUGAGGCGCUUCUUCCAGUUCAAUCUCCUCCGAAGGAUGGACGGUCCCGGCAAGGACGGCAAGAAUGCUGUCUUGAGGAAUGUGAAGGAACUUGCGGCAAAGGAGGGUAUCGACUUAGGCCAGGUGGAGAUUUGA